CCGCGUAUACAUGCGAAAAUGGUAUGUCCACCUUAACAGUUUUAUUCAUCUGCAGAAGCUUACUCUAUGUACCAGGUGUGAAGCCUUCAGUCGACUGUACCGAUCCCUCAUCCGAAAGUCCGAACUGCUCGUGCACUUGCACGAACGGGAUAACCUUCAAUCAAUCCCUCUCUUCGACCUUCCCCACCGAUACGAUCAGCGGCCCUUCCAUCGACGAGUGCCAGGCAGACAAAACCCAAUGUCUUUCUCAAAAGGAUGAACUGAAAGCUCAAUUGGACAGGCAAGAGCAGGAACAUCUUCUUCGUGUAGAACAAUUACAAACGGAGUUGAAGAAACACAAGCCUGAUUUCCAGUACUUGGGAUGCUAUUCAGAUGGCGACAGGAAGCUACUCGGCGGUUUGACCAUCAGCAGCGAUCAAAUGACGACCGACAUGUGCGCUAUCAAUUGCUUCAAGCACCAAUAUCACGGAUUAGUAAACGGGGUUUGCUACUGUGAUAAUACCUUCCGACAAACUCUACAGAAGGUCGACGAUUCAAGGUGUGAGUUCAAAUGUCCUGGCAACUCCGCCAAAAAGUGUGGAGGCGCAUGGGUACUCAGCGUCUUCACAAAGACAACUUGAAGACAAUGUGCAAGGUUGCGGUAUUGAAACGAGAACACGCUGGGCAGAAGAAUUACUUAGAACUAGAUAGUGUAGAAACGCAUUUGAAUGUUACCUUUUUCCAAGAUA